AUGCCUGCAGUUACAGAUAUCAACUCUACCGUCCUUGUCACCGGCGCCAACGGUUUCAUCGGUACUUGGAUUGUCGGACAUCUUCUUAUAGGAGGUUACUCCGUACGCGCUGCAGUUCGAAACGAAGGAAGGGGGAAGCACCUACUCGAUAUUUACAAGUCCUACGGAGACAAGCUCAAACUCUACGCCAUUGGCGAUAUUAGCAAGGAGCUUUGGCUUAAAGUAUACGUAACGAGUGAUGCUUUUGAUGAAGCUGUGAAAGAUGUCCAUGCUAUCAUCCAUACUGCUUCGCCUGUCCACUUAUCUGCUGAUGAUCCCAGUGAACAGAUCGAACCUGCUGUCGGAAGUGUAGAAGGGAUCCUAAAGAGUGCUUUGAAGAAUGGCAGUGACUCACUGAAGCGCAUCGUCAUCACUUCCUCCUGCGCUGCUAUUAUUUCCUUCUCAGCAACGCAGGUGACGAUCUCAGAGGCCGUUUGGAACGAGUCCUCGAUCAAAGAGUGCGAAGAGAAAGGCAGAAACGCGGACAACCUAGCCAAGUACUCCGCGUCAAAGACUUUGGCGGAGAAGGCUGCUUGGACAUUUUACGAGAAGCACAAAUCAGAAAUCAAAUGGGACAUCUCUAUUAUCAACCCUCCUUGGGUUUUCGGCCCUGUGGUUCAUGAAGUGACGACUGUGGACAGUCUCAAUCCAUCGAACAAGUUCUGGUACAAUGCCAUCGUCAAAGAGGACUUUGAUGGCUUCUCUCCCCUCACUACGCCGGGACAUGGGUGGAUAGAUGUUCGCGAUGUGGCCACAGCGCACGUACGUGCCAUGGAGGUCCCUAGUGCCGGUGGGGAGAGGAUCAUUGUCAGUGCCGGGUCGUGGGUAUGGCAAGACUGGCGUAAUCGAUGUCAUUUCAAACUUUCUCCUAACCCAUGUCCCUCGCGUACAUUACCAAGAGGAACACCUGGUAUCUGCCAGCGUGCAAUCACUUUUGACACGUCCAAGGAAAAGAGAAUUCUAGAUAUCAAAUUUCUGACGAUGGAGGAAACGGCCAGAGAUAUCUUGGCAGAUUAUGAACGUCGGGGCUGGUAG